ACAACACCAAAACGCCACCAAAACGGUCCCUGAUAUGGAAUCAUAGAAAAACAAUGCGACGAGUUGUCGUGACUGGCCUCGGUGCCAUCACGCCUCUCGGGCUCGGCAUCCAGCGCACCUGGGCUCGUCUGAUAGCAGGCGAGUCCGGCAUCGUCAGCGUGGCCGAGCGGGAGCCGAGACAGCGAUGGCGGGAGCUGACGUGUACCGUUGCCGGCGUCGUGCCUCAGGGGGCGGGCGGCAGGGCUCACGGCUUAUGGAGGGCUGACGACUGGCUCAGUGCCGCCGAGCAGCGGCGCAUGUCUCUGUUCACGCAGUACGCCAUUGCGGCGAGCGACAUGGCCCUGGAGGAUGCCGGGUGGAAGGCAUCGCGGCUGGAGGAUCAAGAGGCUACGGGGGUGUGUUUGGGGAGCGGGAUUGGGAACCUGGAGGAGAUGUAUGAGACGAGCCUCUCUCACGGCAAAGACGGUUACAGAAAAGUGUCACCGCUCUUCGUGCCGAAGCUCCUCAUCAACAUGGCCUCUGGGCACAUUGCCAUGCGGCACGGGUUCCAGGGCCCGAACCACGCUGCAACAACAGCUUGCACGACGGGAGCGCACUCCAUCGGAGACGCAGCCCGGUUCAUCGCCCAUGGAGAUGCCGACGUCAUGGUCGCCGGAGGAGCAGAAUCAUGCAUCCAUCCUCUCACCUUUGCCGGCUUCGGCAGAGCCAGGUCCCUAACCACAGCCUACAACGAUAGACCGCAGUCAGCAUGCCGCCCGUUUGACGCCGACCGAGACGGCUUUGUCAUUGCCGAGGGGGCAGCAGUGUGCGUGCUUGAGGAGCUUGAGCAUGCAAAGGCCAGGGGGGCAAGGAUCUACGCUGAAGUCCGCGGAUACGGAUGCAGCGGCGACGCUCACCACAUGACGGCACCGCGCGAAGACGGUCACGGAGCCUAUCUUGCCAUGAAGAAGGCGUUGAAGAGCGCGGGCAUCAAGCCCUCGCAAGUGGACUACGUGAAUGCUCAUGCCACGAGCACGCAGGUAGGAGACUCGGCGGAGGCGGCGGCUAUCAAGAGGAUCAUGCUGGGUGAAGAAGGUGUUUCGGCCGAGGCUCGAGUCACUGUGAGCAGCACCAAGGGAGCGAUAGGGCACUUGCUGGGUGCAGCGGGAGCCAUCGAGUCUCUCUUUUGCAUCCUGGCCAUUCACGAGGGAACCGUACCAGCAACUCUCAACCUGGAGCGGCCAGAUGUCGGCGUCGACUUCAACUUUGUUCCCCUGAAGAGCCAGGAGAAGGAGGUGAGGGUCGCGCUGAGCAACAGCUUUGGGUUUGGCGGGACCAACAGCACGCUGGUGUUUUCCAAGCUUGAGUAAUGAAUACCUACAUAUGUAACAAUAGUGUAACAAUA